AUGGAGUUUGUGUUCGAAUCAUUCAUCACCAGUUCCUGGCACACAGAAGUUGUCUCUCAUACAAAAGAAGUUUCAGAAGAUGCCACUGACCUAACCCUCACUGAAGGUGAUGAAUCAUAUUUGGAGGAUGAUGAGUCAGAUAUAGAAGAUACGGAAGGAAGUACAAGUUCAAAUGAAGAGGAUUAUGUGGGAAGUGGUAAAACAUCUCAGGAGCCUCCUGCAGCUGUGGAUGAAGAGGAGGAAACUCAGAAGAAAAUAUCAGAAAGCUUUUUCUAUGAUUACGCAGAUCUUGUUUCAGUUCCUUUUGUGACUCCAGAUUCGACCAUACCACUGGAUAUUCUCUUACUUCAACAUUCUUUUGGUUAUGACUGUAGAAAGCGAUCCAACUUACAACGUAUUGAUAGCAAUAGUGUGAUAUACAUAGCUGGCAACCAACUGGUAUUUCUGAAUUUUAAAACUAAGGAACAGACUUAUCUGCGAAGUUGCAGUGGUGAAGGAAUUGGUGCCAUUGCGGUUCAUCCAUAUAAAACUUACUUUGCAGUAGCUGAAAAAGGACAUUUUCCAAAUAUCAUCAUCUAUGAAUAUCCUUCUCAGAGGCCCUACAGAAUCCUUCGAAAUGGGACUGAUAAUGCGUAUGCUUACGUAGACUUUAAUGACACCGGGACUUUGUUGGCCUCUGUUGGUAGUUCCCCUGACUACACACUGACCAUCUGGAAUUGGAAAGAGGAGAAACCCAUACUGAGGAAAAAAGCCUUUUCUCAGGAUGUUUAUAAGGUUACUUUCAAUCCUGAAGAUGAAGAGCAGCUUACUACAUCAGGUUUGGGCCACAUCAAGUUCUGGGGAAUGGCUUUUACCUUCACCGGUCUCAAACUGCAGGGGUUACUAGGUCGAUUUGGCAAAACAAGCACUACCGAUAUAGAGGGCUACAUAGAACUCCCAGAUGGGAAGGUGCUCUCAGGGUCUGAAUGGGGCAACCUGCUGCUUUGGGAAGCCAGUCUCAUCAAAGUGGAGCUCUGUCGAACUGGCAUGAAGUAUUGUCACAACGGUCCCAUCAACCAGAUCACACUCGAUGAGGGUGAAGUGAUCACGGCUGGGUCAGAUGGAUGUGUUAGAAUAUGGGACUUUGAGGCAAUAGAUACUGCUGACAUUAUAGAUGACAGUGGAUUGUUGGAGAUUGAACCUAUUAAUGAACUUGUAGUAGGCAAGAAUGUCAAACUCUUCUCCAUGAUAAAAAUGGAUGAAAUUGGAAGUAACUUUUGGUUGGCUCAGGAUGCCAAUGGAGCCAUAUGGAAACUUGACCUUAGUUUUUCAAAUAUUACUCAGGAUCCAGAAUGCCUCUUCUCCUUCCAUUCUGGACCUAUUGAAGCAAUAGCUGUUUCUCCUGUUACUUAUCUUAUGGCCACAACUGCCUUGGACUGUACUGUUCGAAUCUAUGACUUUUCUAGCAAAAAUUUUUUGACUCAGAUGAAAUUCAAACAAGGAGGUACUACCCUCACUUGGGUGCCUCGAAUGGUAAGCUACAAUGGAGCACAAAUUAGCGUAGGAUUCGAAGAUGGAGUUGUUCGAAUUCUUGAACUUUAUGACCCAAAAGGGGUCACAGUUUUUACAGGACGGAAGAAAAUUUUGGAUGCUGAGAUGACUUUGAGAUAUGUUUUCAAACCCCACACCGCUGAAGUCACUGCUUUAGCAUACGACCGUGAUGGAGAUAUUCUAGCCACAGGGAGUAAGGAUCAGACUGUCUUUUUCUUUGACGUGGAAAAGGACUAUAACCCAAUUGGUUAUAUUAAUACUCCUGGACCUGUUUGCCAGUUAAUGUGGUCCACAAUAUUUCAUCCCAAAAGUACUUUGCUGAUUUUCUGUGAGAAUGGAUAUGUCCUUGAAGCUCCUUUUCCAAAUAUUGAGGAAGAGCCUGAUCGUGAUGUUGUCUCCUAUGAAAUCCAUGGAUUAGGCAUAAAAUGUUUCCAUUUUUCAAGCAUCAAAUCCCAGAUUCUGAGGUCAAUGGAAAUUGAAAAGAGACAGAAAAUAAAGGAGCAGAAGGAAAAGGAAAAGGAAGAAAGGAUGAGGAUGUUAAUAGAAGAGUUGGGAGAAGAUGGAGCAAACGAAGUCCAGGAACAAGAGCAGGAAGAAGCAGAGGAAGAGGAGCCAUUACCUCCAAUUUUUAUUCCACUACACCCCUCUCCCAUUCUCUGUGGCUUUUACUCUGAGCCAGGGAAGUUCUGGGUUUCGUUGGGUGGCUAUGAUUCUGGUUUUCUAUAUCACUGUGAAUUUCCUCCAUAUGACAAAAAUAGUGAUUUCAAAAGUCAGAAAGAUGAACCUUUUGAUUUUUGUAUUCUGGAUGAUGCAGAAGACAAUCCCAUCCAAACUAUCACUUUCAGCAUUGGCCAGAGUAUGAUGUUUUGUGGAAUGAAAAAUGGAGCAAUUCGAGUGUAUGUUCAAGAGCAGAAAGACUUUUCACUGAAAAAUUUGAAGAAUUAUUGGCACUUCAGUAUGCAUGACAAUAAUUACGGAUGUGUGAAAGGUCUAUCCACUAGCUUUGAUGACCGGUUCCUGGUGACUGUUGGGGCAGAUAGUAACAUCUUUGUCUUCAACAUUUUUUCUGAAUUGGAGUUAGAGGCAACUCUCAAAGCCAAAGUGCCAUCUCCCAGGUUUGGAAUAGAAAUGGAGUCAAUUCCAGAAGAUAUUGAAGAUCCCAAAGCCUACAGCAUUGAGAAUGCCAGGAGGAAACGAGAGUACGACAAGUUAAUGAAGGAAGUGGAAGAAAUAAAAGCAAUCAAGAGAGAAAAUAUCAAAGUUUUGAGGAAUAAUUUUUUGAAACUAUUAACAAUGAAUAAAGAAUUGCCUAUCCAUAUGCAGUUUAAACGGACAGAUUUUGAUAUUGAUUCCAAAAUUCACGCUGACAUUAACAAAAGCACAGUUCACAAAAUCCAACAAGUGGAAAAGGAGUUAGCUUGGGAUAAAGAGAAACAUGACCUUGGCCUAAAGAAGCUACAAAGGAGAUUCCGUGAUCCUCUGGAAAAUGACACUAUUGUAGUUCAUGCCAUACAAAGUGAUCACAAGAUAACUUCCUAUAGGCUGGUGAAGCCUUCUAAGUAUUUCAAAUUAAAGCGAUCAAGUCUCGCAGAGAGAAGACAAAGCAAAUUUGAGAGGUUUGAAAAGGAAGGACCCGGGAAAAAGGAUAGUCAGAAAGAUUCAGGUGGAAGUAGAAGCAUACAAGAAGAAUCAACUACAGACAAAGGGAAGAAAUUUCGACCUAGAACUCUAAGUGAGAUUAUGGUAGAAAAUCAAAUUGAGAAAACAAGGAAACUUAUACAAAAAGCUGAAAGAGCCCAACUAAAGAUUCUCCAAAGAAAGAAAGAAUGGGAAGAACUAUAUAAGAGUAAACCUGAUGAUGACUAUGAAGAUCCCAGAGAUGUUCAAGCCAUCAAAGAAGCCCAAACAUGCAUGGGAGAUUUCAAUCUGAAAACAGCCCCAGACUACAAGAUUCCUGAGCACAUGAGAAUAAAUGCCGCCAAGAAGGAAGAGGAACUGGGACAACUGGACUCUUUGGUCCACAGAAAGAAAAGAAACAUGAACAAAUGCAUCAUCUCUCUCCGAGAUCUUAAAGUAGCUGUUGUUGAGGAAAUACAAUGCUUGGUACAGGAACUGAGGAACAUUCACUCUAUCCUUCACAUCUCUAAGCACAUGCCCAUCCCUCAGCCCCCUCAGAUAUACCCAGAUGAAGUCCCAGAAAAGAGAUUUCAGUACGACGAGGAAACUCUCGUGAAGUUUAAGCAAAAGCAGAUGAAAACUGACGGGGAAAGGUUGGAGCAGGGGCGACAGAGUGUGUCGGUGGGCACAGGUGGCGGCUUCCUCAGGCUGUCUUCUGGGAAGGAUGGAGGAUAUGCAACAACAAGGGAUUCCUUAUCGCGGUCAUCCAAGGCAUCUGCCUAUGGCCUAGGCCUGGAAGUGCAAAAGCCCAUGGAAUUCGAAAAGGCCGAGCCAACGGAGGUGGAGAUGGAGAUCAUGAAGAGGGAUGAGGUUAAACAGUUGUACAUGCAACAGUACUUGAACAACAGGAUCCAAGAACUGAUUGUUACUUUUGAUGCAGAACUCCAUCUCUUGAGACACCAGAAACUGAAACUAGACACUCAGAUGAAAUUAUCUGAUCUACACCAUGUCACAUUAUUUCAAGAAAUGCUUCUUCUCAAGAACUUUGAAAAACAGGAAAACAUACUUCAAGAGCGUGUUAAUUCUUUAGACAAAGAGGAGCAGGAUAUGCAAUGGAAAAUAAAUGAAACUCUUAAAGAGAUGGAUGAGAAAAAGACUGAAAUCAAUAUACUCCUGGAGCAAGAAAAGGCACUCUAUGCUAGUUUUCAAACGGCUCUUGGAGAAAACAACAAAUUUGCAAACUUCCUUAUGAAGGUCCUAAAGAAGAAGAUUAAGCGAGUAAAGAAAAAGGAGGCUGAAGGAGAUGCCGAUGAAGAUGAGGAAAGUGAAUCAUCAAGUGAGGAUGAAUCCAGCUUAGAGAGCGAUGAGGAUGAAUCUGGGUCUGAAGACGAGGUUUUCGAUGAUUCCAUUUGUCCUUCAAACUGUAAUCCAAAUCUUUUUGAACUGGCUCUUCAGCUAAGAGAGAAAAGGCUGGACAUCGAGGAGGCCUUAGUAGAAGAAAAAAAAAUUGUUGAUAACCUCAAAAAAGAAUAUGACACACUGUCCAAAAAAGUGAAAGUUGUGGCAGCGAACCUGAAUGCAGCGGAGGAGGCACUAGAGGCUUAUCAGAGGGAGAAGCAGCAGCGACUGAAUGAACUGCUGGUUGCAAUUCCACUCAAGCUCCACCAGAUCGAGUAUAUGGUACUUGGGGAAAUACCAAAUGAUCUUUCUGGGACUUUGGUCUUCUCUAACCAUUCCUUAGAAAGGCUUCAAAAACGAAUCGUACAGCUCCAGGAUGAAAACAACAAGCAGCAAAAACUUAACAAAGAAUGCCGGGAGAGGCGUAAAAUGCUCAUCCGAGAAAAGAGAGAGAUGGCAAAAACCAUACAGGAAAUGGAAGAAACAGUCAGUCAACUAAUGAUCAGCAAGUUUGGCCGGGUGAUAGAUCUAGAGGCCCUGCAGACGCUUUCAGUGAAUACAACUCUUGAAGAACUGAAGAUUCGAAAACUUCGAAAGGAGCUGCUGAAUGCAAAGGAAAUGAAGAUGUGGGAGGAAAAGAUUGCUCAAAUGAGAUGGGAACUGAUGAUGAAGACAAAAGAACACACGAAGAAGCUUCAUCAGAUGAACGACUUGUGUAUUGAAAAGAGGAAACUUGAUUCUCGGCUGAACUCACUGCAGAACCAGCAGGGCAAUGCUUUCCAGAACCUUCAGCAAGCAGACAUCCUGGCAAAAGAGAAGAUCACUGAACUGAUUCACACCCAGGCAGAGAAGAUUACAGCCUUAAAGGAAGAAAUCACUCUCCUGCGUAAAAAAGGAGGCCUUAUCCUCCCCCCCAUUCCAUCCAGGACAGAAGAUGGAAUGAAGCCCAUGGACCUUUAAGU